CAUGAGUCUAAAGGAGUGACUGAGGACUACCUGCGUCUGGAAGCUUUGGUUCAGAAGGUGGUGUCUCCCUWCCUGGGAACCCACGGCCUCUACUCCAACGACGGAUCCUCAAUGCAAUACUCCUCCUGCGUACUGGAAAAGCGUCUGCAGCGGCGGUGGCCCAAGUCAGGCGACGCCCCCGCAAAGAACCUGGUGAUGCGCUCCAAGUCCUACAACGUGCCCAUGUUGACGCCUGUGGUGGAGUACGAUACCGAGACAGGCUCCGUGAGCAGCAUGGGCGUCCGCCGCCAUUCCGUCUGCGAGAUGACUUCCUGUCUGGAAGAAGGCGCCAUCAACGACAUCAGCACCAUUUCUUCCCUGGCCUCCGCGGCCCAGUCAGGCCUCUCCUCCCUGGCCUCCGCGGCCCAGUCAGGCCUCUCCUCCCUGGAGCAGGAGCUCAGCCUGACAGGGGUUGUUUGUGGUGGAGGUGGUGGAAGUCUGGAUCUCUGUGGGUCUGUGGGGUCUGAGUCUUUGGAGUCCCACCUCCAGCCCUCCCUCUUUCAGGACUCCCACUCCCCAGGACCCUUCCUCCAAGGCGGGGGGGAGUCGACAGUGUCCCCCUCUGUUCUGUGUCAGGUCCACUCUGGUUCGGAGACGGGGUCGAUCCCCAGCUGUUCCUCCAGCCCGGASACAGUGGUAGAUCAGAUACUGGACUCUAUGGACUCUGACCCUGAUGGCAUCUUCAUAGACUUCUCCCACCACAGCUGCUCAGACUCUUCAUCCUCUGGUUACAGRAGGGAGAGUGGUAGACAGAGUGUGGUGUAAUUUGGGGUUUCUGGUAAUUUUUCCCUAAUCCCAGUUGGAUGAUCUUAGAUUGCCUGUUUAUUCACUACUGAUUUCUGGAAAAUCUGUGACUAGUGAGAAAGUGUCUGGAGAUUUGCAGCUGUAGGUCUGAUGGAUCUCAGGAGAAUAUCACACCUACUGGCACCAGCGGUACUCCACUCACACCGUCAUCUCUAAAAACACACCGCUCUUUCUCGGGUCUAUUUUUCACGGAAUAUUUCUACAGUAAACUCCCUUUUAUUAAAUCUUUUUUUUUGUGCUUGAUUUUCACUUCUAGUGCUUCGUUUUGAGGAUAAACUGUACUGAUUUGUAUUUAUUUGUGUUUGUAUUACUGAUGCUCAGUGACUGACAACUUGGAAUCAGUUUGAGGUGUCUCUUCAAGUCUUGUGAAAGGCCCAGUGGAAAGGAAACAGUUUGAGGUGUCUCUUCAAGUCUUGUGAAAGGCCCAGUGGAAAGG